CUGCUAACGUUGACAUAUCCGGUUUGUUUCCCGGUGUUUUUUGUUUUUGUAAUCUGGAUGUUAUCUUGCCUUGGCGAGAGAAUCGGCGUGUUGUUGGAUGAAUUGUGCAUAAAAUUGAUAUAUUCUUGAAGUUUCGAUGGAUUUGGAGGGGGGAAAUUACGAGCCAGGAUUCGUGGGAAUUCGUUUCUGUCAAGAAUGCAACAACAUGUUGUAUCCCAAAGAGGACAAAGAGAAUCGCAUCCUGCUUUAUGCUUGUAGGAAUUGUGACUACCAGCAGGAAGCUGAUAACAGCUGUAUCUACGUUAACAAGAUCACACACGAGGUUGAUGAGCUGACCCAGAUCAUUGCCGAUGUGUCCCAGGACCCCACGCUGCCCCGUACAGAAGACCACCCCUGUCCCAAGUGCGGCCACAAGGAGGCAGUGUUUUUCCAGUCUCACAGCAUGAAAGCAGAGGACGCUAUGCGCCUCUAUUACGUCUGCACAGCCCCUCACUGCGGGCACCGCUGGACAGAAUGAGGAGGAUGAGGAGGACGAAGAGGAAGAAGAGAGGAAGACCACGAAAGUCGUCAUUCGUGUCCUCGGUUUUUGUCCUCCGUCCGGAUCGGGCAUUCCUCAAGACUUCAUCACUCUGCAUAGCAACAGCGUCGUCAUAGUUACAUAGUGAAGGAAGGCAUUCCGUGUGUUGGUAUCUCCAGGUCCUUCAAGCCAUCUGGGAAGGCCUUCUGUAGACCUGACUGAGCAGGUCUCUUGCUAGAGCCAAUGUUGGCCACAAGGGGGAGCGGUAUCACAAAUGACUUCACUCGCUUUUAUGUUAAUAAAUUGUAUUUAGGAUGUUUUAUGUUUAACAAUCCCAUAUUUUAUUUCAUUUUUUUUAUUAAAAAAAGGAAGAGAAAA